ACGACGAAAAUUUCGAACCGCAGGAAAUCAAACCCCAGGUCGCCGUGGCAGCCUCGAACAAAUGGGAAGGCGAAGACGAGGACGACGACGUUAAGGAUUGCUGGGAGGAUGAGGAGGAGGAAAAGUCCUCAGGCGAUAAAUCUGAGGAUAAGGAGAAGCUCUACGCAAAGCCCAAGAGGAAACCACUUGCUGAAAGGAUAGCUGAGAAAGAGAGGCUAAAGCGUGAGGAGAUGGAGAGGAGGAUGAGAUUGGAGGAAGAUGAGAUGACACCGGAAGAGAAAUUUAAGAGACAGCAAGAGUCGGAUAUUGCAUGUGCAUUGGAGACUACUUUUGGUAGUGCUGCAGUUGAAGGUGCUGGUGCCAUUGACGGUGGAGCUCCAAACACAAAAGAGGAAUUUGAUGAGUUCGCCAAUGCGCUCAUGACAAAAAUUCAGCCAUUAUCGAAAAGCAUGGAAUACCCAACAUUCUCUGAGAAUCUGAUCAGAAAUAUUUGUGCAACAUUAACAUCUUUUGAUUUGAAGAAGAUUAAAACGACAAUAGACAAUUUAUAUUUGGAGAAACAAAAGAUUGAGAAGGGCGACAAAGCGAAGAAGAACAAAGGAAAGGGAAAAGUAAAAUUGAAGGUGGAAGGAAGCAAUCAAUACUCUGCUUAUGUAGGAGAUUAUGAUGAUUUCGAUGAGUUUAUGUAGCAGGCCGCAGACCUUAGCACUUUUUUUAAUUCUAUAUAUAUAUUUAUAUGAAUUUUUUUUAUGUCCAUCAUAUUUUAAGUAAUUGU